UCACCUUUCUCGCGGUUCUUGUUGGACCCAGAGGUUCCACCAUCCCAAGGUCAAGGAGGGCCUUCCGGGCCCAGAUCACACAAGCGAAGGGGGGCCUGUCAUCUUUCUUUGUUCACCACUUCGCGACUUCAGGAGUUCUCAAAUGUUUAACGAUGAAGAAUGCCCACCCAUUUGCUACCGAGUGCGAGUGGCCGAGGUCAUCUCCAUCCGGGCUGCAACAGUCUCACCCUCAGCCAGAAUAUCAGCCCCCGGUGCCCCCCGCAGCCGACGUAACGCUCACCUUGUUCUGACUUAUAAAUGAUCCCAUAUAUCUUUAGUGCCCAUGUCCUCUUACCAAACCCAUUCCCUUCCCUUUGUUCUUUUUUAAUACUGUAUACAUACGUUUUUGAGCACAUUUUAUAUUUACAAAACUAUCAACAUCAGUCAUUGUCAAGAUGGGGGACACUCUUGAAAAGCCAGACUUCCGACCAAUCUUUAACCCAACCAAGCAACGCCCGCUUGGAAGUCCUCCGCCCAAGGAGAUUAUCAUCAAAGAUGCUUUCAGACUUCGCACUCUGAUGGCCAUGGGCGCCCUCGCCCAGAUCCUCCUCUUCGCCAUCCUGCCCUACCGUUAUGCCGUUGUCCCCGCCUUGAUCCUCGCCCUCCAGUCCAUCGGUUCGACCAUCGGCCAAAUGCUCUUCUACAAGACCAAUGAAAACCCGUUCAUGACGGGGGUUGUCCAGGGCAUCACCAGCGGCCAGCCUCCCUCAUGGCAAACCGGUCGCUACCCCAACGCGCCCUGCUCCAGCCCCAUCGUCGUCUUCCACCUCGGCGUCUCUUACAACCACCCGCUGGGCCCCGCCUGCCCCGGCGGCAACGAAUUCUACACCCACUUCAUGAACAUGAUCAAGGCCAUGAACGAGAAGAAGGAGGAGUACGGCCUCCUGGGCAUGUCCAACUGGAAGCAGACCAAGCGCGCGACCCACAACGCCGGUCUGGUCAUAAUGUACUUCCGCAACGUCGAAGGGCUGCACAAGUUUGCGCACGACAAGGAGCACCGCGAUGGCUGGGAUUUCUUGCACGAUUUCCGCAAGAAGGGAUACAACCACAUCACGGCGCUGCAUGAGACCUUUGAGGUGCCUGCGGGCGCCUGGGAGUCUAUCUACCUGGAUUCGCCGCCCAUUCUUAUGGGAGAUACCACUAUCAAGGUUACGGAGAAGGAUGGAAGCUCGACUUGGUAUAAAAGUCUGGUUGAUGCGUCGGUGAGGCCGUUGACGGGAAUGAUGAACAGGAUGGCGAGGGGUAAGGCGACUGCGAGGGAGCGGUAUGCUUACUAGAGUUGGGUCGUGAGUUGAGAUGGAAAGUUGUUAGAUCUAGUGCAAUAGGGAGGAUAGGCAGCGAACUGAGCAACAAUAUACCUACUCU